AUGAACAAGGCACAGAAACCUACAACCACAGGAAAUCCAAGACACUCAGACACCUCCUCUCCAUCAUUCAAAGAAGACAAGAUGGACGAGUUUAAAAGAAAACUGAUAGAGAGUAUAGAGACCCAAUCAGCGUCGGAUUACAUGGUAAGACUCGUGGACCUACUAAGUGACAUCCCAAAGCUGAUAUAUGGCGGUAUGAAGAAGGAGGUAAAAGAAAAUCUCGAAAUGACGGCAAAAACCGGCAUCACCCUUGUAAUCGAAAUGAGCAAGGAGAUCAAAAAAGAUAGCAACAUCAUGGUGCUGUUAAAGGGAAGAUUAAAUGUGGCAGAACAACUGGACCAAAUAAAUGCAACAAUGAAGGAGGAACUUAAAAAGAUAAUGGAGAAAAUGGAGAAACAAGAGGAAGAAUUGAUAAAGUACAGAGAAGAAAAAAGAAGAAGCAGAGAAGAUGAAGAAUCCGUAACAACAAAAUUCCUAAGAAUGAUCGACUAUAAAUUGGAAAAUAUAAAAAGCAGAGAAGAGGCCCUGUUCGACAGAUUCUCGGAUAGAACCCUAAAGGAUAAUGAAAUGUCAACGGCGAUCAUUACCAGAAAAUUGGACACUAUGGAAGAGAAUUUGACAGCGGAAACAAUUGAACUGGAAAGAAAGAUAGUAAAUAGGCUGGGAAGGAAAACGGAUAUGGAAGAGAGUAUGAGAAACGAAAUCAACACCAACAUAGAACAGCAGAUAAAAGAGACAGGGAGGGAAAUGACCCUAGAAAUAACAAAAACCAUCGACACGGUACUGACGGAUUGCAUGCAGGAUAUCCAGAACACCAUUACAUACGGAGGAACUGCACCCGAAGGUAACAAGGAGAUACUGAAUGAACUGGGCAACCUUGAAGCCAACCUAAAGGAGACGUUAAUAGAUACAAAGGAAGCUAUUACUGGAAGUAUCACAAAGACAAUAGAAAGGGUAACAUCAAAGGAAAGCAUAACACCGGUGGAAACACAGGAAACAAGCACAUACGCAGACAUAGCCAAAGGCAGAAACAACCGAAGACCAAAAACGAUGCACUCGAUCCUCAUCUCAUCGAAAAACCAAAACGAUAUGGCAGAAGAUAUAAUUAAUAAAACCAAGACAAUACUGAAACCAAUAGAAAACGGCACACAAAUAGAAAGAAUAAGGAAAGUAAAGGAUCAAAGAAUAGUAGUUAGUUGUAGAGAGGAACAAGAAAUUGAAAAAUUGAAGGAAAGAAUAAAUGAAAGUGAGGAGUUGGAAGCUGAAAAGGUAAGAAAUAAAAAUCCUCUCAUAAUGAUAAAGGAAGUAAAGUAUAAGAUGACGGAUGAGGAGAUUGUAUCGGCUAUAAGAAGACAGAACCCGGAUGUGUACAUGGAUGACCAGGAGGAAGAUGACUUCAAGAUUAAAUACAGACGCAGGACAAGGAACACCGAAAAAUGUCACAUCAUUGCACAGAUAAAACCUGCGUUCUGGAAAAGAAUAAUAAAAAAGGGGCAUUUAUACAUUGAAAUGGAGAGGGUGAGGGUCGAAGACCAGACCCCCCUCAUACAGUGUACACGAUGCCUAAAUUUUGGACACGGAAGAAAAUUUUGUCAGGAAAGUGCGGACAGAUGCAGCCACUGCGGGGGGCUACACCUGCGGGCAGAAUGCCCAGACAGAAAAGCAGGAGUCCCACCGCAGUGCUGCAACUGCACGCACGCUGAAUUACCGGACGUUAAUCAUAAUGCAUUUAGUAACAACUGUAAAGUCAGGGAGAAGUGGGAUAGCCUCGCCCGUUCCACAACCGCAUACGACUGAGGACAUCACUAAACAAUACGAGAACAAAGAAAACACACACUCAAACACAACACAAACACUGAACAAAAAACACAUACACAAAAAUCAGACAACACAUACACGAAACAAUGA